CAAAACGUUGCCGCCUAACCCCUUCUUGUAUAAUGGUCUUCCUCUUCCAUCAUUUCUCUCACUACUCUUCAGUCCUGAUCACCUUUCUUCUUCUUCUGCUUCUUCUCAUUUCCAUACAUAAAUUCAUAACGAAAGUUCUCUCCAACAAAAACAAACAGAGAAGAGAACAAUGGCAGCGGGUGGAGGAGGAAAGUCCGAUGACUUCCAGCCCUUCCCUGUCAAAGAUCAGCUCCCUGGUGUUGAUUUUUGCGUCUCCAGCUCUCCUAAUUGGCCUGAAGCAAUACUUCAUGGAUUUCAGCAUUACUUGGUAAUGCUUGGGACCACGGUCAUCAUAUCAUCUAUACUUGUCCCUUUAAUGGGUGGUGGCAAUGUAGAGAAAGCUGAGGUUAUAAACACUAUUCUCUUCGUUGCUGGCAUAAACACACUUUUGCAGACUUUGUUUGGAACCCGGUUGCCGGUGGUGAUUGGUGGUUCUUAUGCUUUUGUUAUACCCAUCAUUUCCAUUGCUUUAUCUAGAAGAUACAGUAUCCUCAUUGAUCCUCACCAGAGGUUUAAACAUUCCAUGAGAGAUGUUCAAGGAGCACUCAUUGUUGCAUCAUUCUUUACUAUGGUUAUUGGUUUCUUUGGUUUCUGGGGAAUUUUCGCAAGGUUUUUAAGCCCUCUUGCCGCUGUUCCUCUUGUGAUUCUGACUGGACUUGGGCUCUAUGCACAUGGUUUCCCACAAUUAGCCAAAUGCAUCGAAGUUGGACUCCCAGCAUUGGUAGCAGUGGUUUUCUUAUCUCAGUAUGUUCCCCAUUUAAUCAAGUCCAAGAGAGCCAUAUUUGAUCGUUUUGCAAUCCUUUUCUCCGUUGGGAUUAUAUGGGCUUAUGCAGAAAUUUUGACCGCAGCUGGUGCUUACGAUAAUAGAGCUCCAAAAACUCAGUUUAGCUGCCGUACUGAUCGUUCUGGCCUCAUCAGCGCCGCACCUUGGAUAAGGAUUCCAUAUCCAUUUCAAUGGGGAAGACCAAGUUUCAAUGCUGGUGAUGCUGUUGCAGUUAUAGCUGCUUCUUUUGUUGCUAUCAUUGAGUCUACAGGUACAUUUAUUGCAGCAUCAAGGUAUGGGAGUGCCACUCCUAUGCCACCGUCCGUGCUUAGCCGUGGCGUUGGCUGGCUGGGAGUAGGUAUCUUGCUAGAUGGUCUAUUUGGCACAGGAAGUGGCUCCACUGCUUCAGUCGAAAAUGCAGGUCUUUUGGGAUUAACAAGAGUUGGAAGUCGGAGAGUCGUUCAAAUAUCGGCAAUAUUUAUGCUCUUCUUUUCUGUAUUAGGUAAAUUCGGGGCUGUUCUGGCUUCUAUACCACUGCCAAUUGUGGCUGCUUUGUACUGUGUCCUCUUUGCCUAUGUCGCUGCAGCUGGCCUUGGUCUCCUUCAGUUCUGCAACCUAAACAGCUUCAGGACUAAGUUUAUACUUGGAUUUUCCCUCUUCAUGGGCCUCUCCGUACCUCAAUAUUUUAAUGAGUAUCUACUAGUUUCUGGUCGGGGUCCUGUUCACACUAAAUCUACAUGGUUCAACAAUGUUAUGCAAGUAAUAUUUUCAUCACCAGCAACAGUGGCGAUUAUAAUUGCCUUCUUCUUGGACUGCACCCAUAGUUACGGGCAUAGCUCAGUUCGGCGAGAUAGUGGCAGGCAUUGGUGGGAAAAGUUCAGGAAUUUCAAUACGGAUUCUAGGAGUGAAGAGUUCUAUUCCCUGCCUGGCAAUCUUAAUAGGUUCUUCCCUUCAAUCUAACUUCCAAGUCUUUCCUAGCAUAGAAGGUGUUCACUUUCUGGGCAAUUCUGCUUUCUAUAUUAUCUUUAUGGUCCAUAAUCCAUACAUAUGUGCUCUAAAAAAGGGAAAUAAAAAAGUUGAAAACCGUAAGUUAGUUUGAGCUUGGGACAACAAUUUGGGAACUUUUAUGGGCUAAGCUUAUACUAAGAAUUUGCAGUUACAGUUGUAAAGCCUUUUGUUAACCUUAAGCAGUUCCUAUUCUGGUCACAUGCUUUCUGAUAUGUGUUUGUAAGAAAAUUACUAGCAGCAAGUCUUUAUAGCAUACGUAGCCAACUCUUUUUUGCUGCA